CUGAGUACUAUGAUGGCUUCCUCGGUCCAACUCCAAUAUCAUCCCAACAAUGCGCAGCCGCAGAUGUCGCCUUUGAACCUCCUCGCCACCACAUGCACCAGGAUGUACGACCCCUACCCCCAGGUCUCCCCGGCCUCCACCACCUCCUGCGGCAGCGACGGCUACCUCCCCCAGGUGCCCCUCGAGCCCGCUCGCAGCCCACUCGAAUUCUCGCCCCAUUACCAGACCACCGCCUACCCCAACUACAACAACCAGUAUUGGUUCCAAGGCGAGGUCACCCAUCAACAGCACCAGUACCAAUGGUCCCAGAACUACUACCCCGUCAAGGUCGAAUACUCCUCAAAUUACUCCUCGAAAGCGCGGCGCUGUAUCAAAUGCCAGUGCCCGAAUUGCGUCAACGAGGAGGCCGGCCUCAAAAAACCCUCCACGAAGAAGGUUCAUGUUUGCCACUACCAAGGCUGUGAUAAGGUCUACGGGAAAACCUCCCAUCUCCAAGCCCAUUUGAGGUGGCACACCGGGGAGAGGCCCUUCGUGUGCAAUUGGCUCUUUUGCGGGAAAAGGUUCACGCGAUCCGACGAAUUGCAAAGACAUUUGAGGACUCACACGGGAGAAAAAAGGUUCGCUUGUAGCGUCUGUACCAAGAGGUUCAUGAGGUCGGACCAUCUGGCAAAACACGUCAAAACCCACAAGAAUAAAAAAAGUGAAGUGAAAAGUGAAAAUGGGUGCGGGAAUGCGUUCAUUACCAUGGGAGAGCAAUAA